GUGGCGAACUCGUGAGUCGUUCUGCUCGAUAUCUCAUCAAGCUUUCGUUAUAGAAGGUGCAGCAGAACCGCGACAAGCCGUGAUCUUUACGCAUCUUCCUGACCGGCCGCUCGUAAGGAACGUGUUCAUCAGUCGAUGGUUCACCUUCCGAAUGCCGCCAUUGAAUCACCGAAACAGGAUGCCUCGAGCGAUAAAAAGGAUAUCUGCAUUAUAGGUGCAGGUCCCGGAGGGUUGGCCGCACUGCAGAUCAUCUUGGAGAGCCCGCAGUACAAAAAGGGACUAUGGCAUCCGACGGCAUUCGAGCAGCGAGAAAAAGUCGGCGGCAUAUGGGUUCCUGCCCCACCCACGGAUGAUCCACCAAUCACGCCCCUGUACGACUCAUUGUUCACGAACCUCCCACAUCCCAUUCUGGGCUACGACUCACUGCCCUUCCCUCCCUCCACCGCGCUCUUCCCGCAUGCAGCUGUCGUAGAAAAGUACCUCACAGACUUUGCCACUCACUUUAAUCUCUUCCCUCACAUUCGCCUCGAGACAACUGUGCUCGCCGUCGACUGGGACGCGAGCGCGGCGAAGUGGCGAGUCCGCGUGAGCAGCGGCGAAGAGCACGCGUAUGACCUGCUCAUCGUUGCGAGCUCGCACUACCGCGUGCCGCGUUACCCCACGACGCCCGGCGUCGACGCCUGGAUCGCGGCGGGCAAGGCGACGCACUCCGCAUGGUAUCGCCACCCAGAGCACAAGGGCCGCACCGUGCUUGUAGUUGGCGGCGGGCCGAGCGGGCUGGACAUUUCCGCCGAGCUGCGCGGUGUGGCGCGUGCGGUGAUCCUCUCCGUCACCAAGAGCGAGCACGAAGACAGCGAAGAAGGCACGUUCAAGCGGCGGGGGCUUAUCACCGAAUACCUCGAUGUUCGCGAAGGAAAGGUGGUGUUCGAGGACGGCUCGACGGAGACGGGCAUCGAUCACUGCAUUCUUGCGACAGGCUACCAGCACCACCUGCCGUUUUUUCCGCCGUCGCUACUUCGCGUCGCGGUCCCGCCACCUGUACCUCCGAUUCCAUCGACGCUGUACAACUCGACGUACCAUCUUUUCCCGCUCGCACGGCACCUCUUCCCAAUAUCGAAGGACUUUCCUCCAUCACGUAUCUGCUUCUUGGGGCUGCUCCAAAACGCCGCGCCUCUUCCGCUAAUGGAAGCCCAGGUCCGUGUAGCGCUCAAGAUCUUCGCAGAGCCAGAACGUUUCGACUCGACGCAAGAAGCAAACGGCGUGAUAGCGCGGUACGAGGAGGUGCGCGCGCGCGUGGGUGCGGACGAGCUUCGGAUUGCGGCCGCUUAUCACGCCUUUGAGCCGCACGACCAGCAGUUCGACUAUCGCAACGAGCUACAUGCAUGGAUCGGCGUGGAGGAUCGCGUUCCGGCAUGGGUACGCGAGAUGUAUGACAAGCGGGAAGUGCUGAGAGCGGAGUGGCGGGAGCUUGAGCGGCGAGGCGAGGCGGACGAGUGGGUGCACGGUGUUGGUGAGGGCGGUGUGGAUGAGUGGGUAGAACUGAUGCGCAAGUUGCUGCGCCGGGCGGAGGAUAGGAACCGAGAUGAGGGCAAAACCAGGCUGUGAGAUCGCUGUUUCAUUGCAGUUACAUCUUAAUUACUAUGCCAGAUCCAUCUGCAAAUGCAUUAUUCGCUAUAAUGUUCACUGCACUUGGGCAAUAAGGAGGGCUCUAGCCCAAACUGGGCAUAGUCUCCUAACCGAAUCUUCUGUAGAAAAGUCGACAUAUUCUGCUCCUG